AUGACGGCGAUGAAGACUUGGAUGAGCCCGGGGGGGGCGACCGGAGCCUCGGGAGAGCAAGGUGGACAGGCCGGAAGCCCGAAACGUCAGAAGGGCGGGGGCGAGAGCGGGGUGGUGACCAUGGAUGCUCUCCGCAGCCUCCUGGCGGAGCAGUCGGUAAGCCUGCUUCAGGCCCAGCAGCUCCAGAUGACCACAGCCCUGACUGCUUUCGAGGAACGACAGGUUGGGCGACUUGAAAAGCUGGAGCAGAAGGUGGGGGGUCAGUCGGACGCGGUUUCAGACCUGCAGACUCAGGUCCAGGAUCUUGCCGAGAGGCUUGCCAAGGUGGAGAACCGACCUCAGAGCGCGGUGGGCUCUGGGCCGGAUCGGAGGAGCACCCUCGUGUUCGGAGGGUGGGGGAUGGACACCCGACGAUCUACCCUACUUCAUCAGCUUGACCAGGCGCUCUUGGGGCUCCAGAUAAAGGGUGACUUCGACUCGGACCCCUUCACGACGGGAGCUCGCCGAUCGGUUGCUCUAUGCCAAUUUAAGCGUCGACAUCAGGAAAGCGACCAGGAUAUGAAGCAGCGUAUGCUCAGGAUCAUGCAGGUGAUCAAUGCUUCGCAGGUGAACAUCCAGGGGGCGACACGGCCGCUAUGGUGCUCCUUUAGCAAGAGCCCGGAAGAACGAGGGAGGGCUGCCCUCGCGGCAGCAGUGCGCAAGGCGGUACUCAAGGUGGCACCACACAGGGCUACCGACUUGGACGUCGAAUACCCGUCCGGGAAGAGUUGGAUUCGAGAUGACCAGUUAAGUGGCAUGGGUCAGCCGCCCUCCGAGAUUCGCCAGGCAAGGGUUGUUGCUACAAAAGGGGGUGAAGGUGAAGAGGGCGAAGUGGUAGCUGAGCUGCAGGUGGUUUCUGCUGAAACGGUGGAACCUUUCCGGAUGCGAGUCGUUGGCUGGAAUGUGGGUGGAACGGAUCUCGUUGAACUGCCAAAGGCAGUCCGAGAGGCCUUGGGAGAGCCACUGCGAAAACAGGACAUUGUGCUUAUCCAAGAGAUGCCUCGGGAGAGAGAGGGAUGGAACUAUAUGCCACUGGCAGGGCGCAGAGUGGUGUCACAUCGUAGAGAGAGUCAGUGGCGGGGAACGGGGAUGUGGUAUGAUACGUCGGUGUGGUGUCUCCUUCGCAAAGUCCACUCGUCCAAAGGGGUGUGGUUCAAAGUCCGUCACCUUGAAGCUCCAAUUGAACUUUGGAUCCGCACAGCACACUUUACCCCAGGGUGCUCCGUCUCGCAGUAUGAGGAAGAAGUCCAGGAUCACUUUGAUGGCGUGCCGCCCAGCUCGCACAGGGUCGUGUUUCAAGGGGACGUCAACACAGGGUUUACAUGGGCUCGCGAGGGUGACGUGGAGACGGUGGUUCCCAAAGAGGGCAAGGGAGGUAUCCUGCACAAACUCCUCACGGAGAAGAACCUGGUGAUGGGCAUCCCCUCGUCGGAACAGUGGGUGAACCACAUGGACCAGUCGUAUAUCGAACACUUGGCGAACCGAUGCACCAAGCCAGUACCAGGCCAGGGGUACCGGGACACAACAGAGAUCAAGCAGGCCUUUCGUGCAGCCAAGAGGUCAGGGUCGUCGGAGCUUUGGAAGCAGGCUUUGAAACUUCGGAAGGAAGCACGGCGCGCCUGGGAACAGGCUAGAUUGGUGAAGGCCAGCCAGGGUGACUGGCACUCAUUUCGGGCACUCAAGCCUCGCAGGCAGGAGGGGUGGGAUGUUGGUUUCGCCGAGGCCCAGCAGGGGGACCCACAUGAGGCGGUCCAUGAGCAUCUCUCGCAGGUCUACUGUGGCACUGAGGUUGAAGCGGUGGAGACUCCGUGGCAAGGUGAUGUCGUUGCCUUCACAACAGAAGAGCUUCGCCGCGGGGUAAGUCAGAUGAAGCGGGGCAAGUCAGUAGGGAUUGAUCGUACCUCUACGGAAUUGUUGUUGGGGCUGAUGGAAGUGCCUGGAGGAGAACAGCAUCUCCUCGAAUGGUUUAACCGGAUAUUAGCUACGCAGUGCAUCCCCGACCAAUGGAACAAGCCCAUCCUCAUCAUGCUCCCCAAGAUUCGAGCUCCUAAGAAGGCGAAGGAGCUCAGACCCAUCGCCAUGGGGUCGGGGGUCAGCAAACUCUUCAGCCGCAUGCUGCUGAACCGAGCGAUGCCAGCUCUCCCUCCCACAGGUGGUGCUCAAUGCUCAGGACCUGGACGACAAACAUGUGACUACCUGUACACAGUCAUCAGGUUGUUUGAGCUCGCCAGAGAGUGGGGGGUCCCCCUCACGGUCUUUGAGCUGGACCUUGAAAAGGCCUUCGACAGCCUGGAUAGGCCUGCCUUGCUUCGGAAGUUGGAGGCGGCGAUCGGAGUAGGAUCGGAGCUCAACUGCUGGAAGGGUCUUCUCAGGGGCACAGUGGGACAGUUGCAGACACCUUGGGGGUCCACGGAGGUUCGGAUGAUGAGAGGAAUAAAACAGGGUGCAGUGGAGUCCCCCGCCAUGUUUGCCUGGAUCGCAGAAAUAGCCCUGAACACGGCUGUCCAGAAGUAUGGGUGGCAUCAGGGGCCACGUCUUCUUGAGGGGCUGGUACCUGAGGAGAUGCUGUACAUGGAUGAUGGCAUGUUGUGGGGUGAGUCCCCGGCCACGGUCCAGGUGCGGGCAUGCCAGCUCGCGGUCGAAUUGUCGGCUUUCGGACUCAGGCUCAACCCGCAGAAGUGCCAGCUGUAUGCACCGGCGAAGGUGACUGAGGAUCGCUCAAUCCUGUUGAACGGUACCAGGGUGAUCGCGGCGGACACCCUCGAGGUAAUGGGGCUGACUCUUCGGGUGGGAGGCUCCAUCUGUGAGCUGGCGGCUCCGCUAGCCAGUCGGGCCCGGGCGAAAUUCUGGGAUCACAAGCACAUCUUUCGAUCUAGAGGGGGGUCCAUGAAGCAACGGGCACGGGUGAUGCAGCGUGUAGUAGGCAAUACUGCACUUUGGUGCAUUUGUUGCUUGCCGCCGGAUGCUGCGACGAUGACCAUGCUUAACUCGGUUCAGUUGCAGUUGAUGGUGUGGCUACUUCGCUUUGCUAAACGAGCUGACGAACCGUGGGAAAGCUUAUAG